CUAUUAUUACCUCUCACCAUGGUAAUAUUCAGCUCGUGAGAUUGUCAUUUCGCUUUUAGAUAUUACUGAGAGCCCCUGUGAUUUUAUUUCCUUUUUUGUUUGUAUAUCUCUGUUUGCUUCUCAGUACUUACGUCAGGCAUUAUGAAUUUUGACGACGAUGCCCCUCCAGAGUUGGUUGACGUUAGUGGUGGGAUCCAAGAUUCUGGGGAGGAAGUCAGCGUAAAAGUACCUAUAACCAUCGUGACAGGAUAUCUCGGCGCUGGGAAGACGACGCUAUUAAAUUACAUACUUACGGCCCAACAUGGUAAAAAGAUUGCCGUCAUCAUGAAUGAAUUUGGAGAUUCUGUGGACAUUGAAAAGUCUCUCACGGUCAGCCAGGGCGACAAUAGAGUAGAAGAGUGGCUUGAAGUUGGAAAUGGCUGCCUAUGUUGCUCUGUCAAGGAUACCGGUGUAAACGCAAUCGAAUCUCUAAUGGAAAAGAAGGGAGCCUUCGAUUAUAUUCUGCUGGAAACAACUGGGCUAGCAGAUCCGGGUAAUAUCGCACCACUUUUCUGGGUUGAUGAUGGCCUUGGCAGCACAAUAUACCUUGACGGAGUGGUGACUCUGGUGGACGCAAAGAAUAUCUUAUACAGCCUUGACGACACGAAAGGCAAAAUCGAGGAUCAUAACGAACAUGACCACCACGGCCCUUUGAUGACAACAGCUCAUGUGCAGAUUUCGCAUGCUGAUGUCAUUGUUCUUAACAAGGCGGAUUUAGUCAGCGAAGAGGAGCUGAGAAGAGUCAGGGAACGGAUUGAGUCUAUCAAUGGAGCUGCGAGAAUACAUGUGACGCAAAGAAGCGAAGUGCCUGAGCUUGGGGGAUUCUUGCUAGAUCUCCAUGCAUAUGACCAGUUUAAUGUGGAAGAAGCCAAGAACAAGGGCCAUAGUCAUCUCGAUCCAACGAUAUCGACAGUUUCUAUACCAGUGCCAGCUUUGCGCCCCGAGCAGCUGGAAGAUGUCGAUCGAUGGCUACGCGCGGUUCUCUGGGACCAUAAGCUUCCAGAUGCAGAAAACGCUUGUGAAUUCGAGAUUCAUCGGUCAAAGGGCCGUCUUGUGGUUAAGAACGGCAAUGUGAAGUUACUACAAGGCGUUAGAGAAAUAUUCGAGAUCAUGGAUGCUCCGAAUGGCGCUGAAAUUACUUCAACCGAAGGCAAGAUCAUCCUAAUUGCGAACAACGCCUCAGGUUGGGCAUUCAAUGCAGCUGUUCCUAUGGGAGGUGGUGCCUUUCAGAAUCAGGCCCGCCAGCUGGGAGGAAACGUCAGCUUUGCGCAGAGCUUGAGCGGGUCACAACCUGCAACGCCACUCGACUUGUCGGAAUUUCCAUCGCUUUCGAAUAACUCUCAACUCCCCAGUACAACCCAAGGGUCGAUGUGGUCUACGGCGGGCUCAAGAAAUAUCAGCGGACCUAUUCAGCGAAAUCAGCCGCCACAAGGAUCCUCUCAGCAAGGUGGACAGGAUGAUCUCUUCGGGCCCCCAUCCUCGCGGAUGCAGCCAAAUCAGGGGCCAUUUCGGUUUGGAGCCCAACCGUCCCAGGUUCAGCCAAAUAGCGUCGACGACUUUCCUCCGUUAAAUCGGACAUCCAAUGGAGAAAUUGGCUCGGAGCGUGGUGGCAACGUCAUGUCUUCUAUUGGAUUCGGGCCGCAAAACCCUGGCUCCUCAGGGCCAAUGCAGAGCAGUGGCGGAAAUGGCUUGCUGAAUGCUCUAACAGCAACAAGCCGGGCAAAUGAUGUACGAUCACCACCCGCCAUCGGCACACCAAACGGUCCUGGUCGACAGCAACAGCAGCAGCAGCAGCAACAACAACAUGAUGGUAAACAGAAGUUCCGAGAAGAUGGCUCGGGCAAGGCAUCAGAGGUGGCUUCGCCAACUGCCGAAGGACGAGGAUCUCUUGGUGUAAUUGGAAGCGAAGGCCCGAACGGAAGAUUGGCCGAACGCAAGGAUAGCCAAGCAGCAGACGUUGUAGAUCCCUUGGCAGGAAUGGCGGCAGUUGAUAAAUGGGGCAUCAAAGGUUUACGAACACUAAUGAACAACUACCCCGACUAUCACGCCAUGAUCAUAGGGAUGGACCCCAGCACGAUCGGUCUUGACUUAUCUUCCCCAGAUCUGAUAUCAACCCAAAUGUACUCAGUACUGGAUGAUACUCCCCCAAAGCCGACAGUAAACACCAACAAGUUCCGAUUACCUGACUGCUACAGCGUAACGAAUGUGCAGCCGAUAGAAACCAAGAUACAGAGUUUUAACGAGGAAACGCUGUUUUGGAUCUUUUAUAGCUGUCCCUUGGAUGCCAAACAGCAGAUGGCAGCAGUAGAGCUGCAUUCCAGAAACUGGAGGUGGCAUAAGAAGCUGCAGGUUUGGUUAACCAAGGAUGAGCACAUGACUCCUCAGAUCCUAAGUCCCAACCACGAGCGAGGAUACUACAUUGUAUGGGAUACUGCCACAUGGCGAAAGGAUCGGAGAGAGUUCACGCUACACUACGGAGAUCUGGAUACCUCUUUAGGACAACCGCCACCAGUGUUGUCAUAAAGAGCUAGUAUUAAAUGAACAGGGGGGCUGCCUCCUCUUUUUUUAAGCCCCAGGAAGGCUUGCUUGCUUGCUGAUUAGGGACGCGAAAGCUUGGUCGAGCUGCUUAAUCGUUUUGGCGUUUCAGCCAUUAGGACAAGGAUCGAGGAAUUAUUGUUGCUUUUAUAGGAAUGGGUUCGGUUACAUGACGGUCCUGGAAUGCAGAGUCGGUUUUCAAAGGCAGGCCUAGAUUAUUAGCUUGCGAUGGUUAACAUGGGUUGCAUUAUGAUUCAAUGAGAAAAGGCUGGCCGGAAAGUACGCACUGCCGGCUGGUAUAUCCUCAACUGUGAGCUUGUGUCUGCAUGCGCUUUGUGUCUUGUGUGUCUUGUGUGUCUGUUUGAACUGAGUUGUACACAUUGAUGACGCCUUCUAGAUCGUACGUAUACUGCUAGAUAGUAUAAUAGCAAUAC